CGCCCGACCAUUCGUCGAACGAGCGAAAUGGAGCCGAGAAUGAGCCAUGCGCGGACACUACCGACGACGGCUUUGGCGCUAUCGCGGGUCCUCGAGCGUGGACAGCGCAAGCUGGAGAUCAUGGAUCGGUACAUCCCACUUCAUGCAGCUCGCAUACAGCCUGCUAUGAGCCCUACGCGCAAGAAGCCGUCAACAUACCACCAAGUCACUCUCCAAGAUCGAUAUCCGUCCAUGCGUCUCCUCGCCAAGCACCACAACGAGCGUCCGUGGCGCGUGCGCCUUUGGCUCGUCUUGCAAGACCCGUCGUCUUCACCGCUGGCGCGGGUCGUCUCAACGGUGCUCAUCGUCGCGGUGAUUCUGGCCACCUCUGUCUUUGUGCUGCAAACCGAGCCGUCGUUGGAGCCAUACGCAUCGACCUUGUCCCUUCUCGAGACCUGUUGUGUCACUCUCUUUACAUUCGAUGUGGUCGUGCGCUUCUUUUGCGUGCCACACCUCGGCGAAUUUGCCCGCGACGUGUUCAACUGGAUUGAUGUCGCGUCGGUCGCGCCCUUUUACCUCGAGAUCUUUCUCGCGUCGCGGCACAUUGCGUCACUCUCGGCGCUUCGGGCGCUCCGGCUCUUUCGCGUUGCGCGCAUCUUCAAGCUCUCGCGCUACACGAGCUCGAUUCAAAUGUUCCUUUACGCGAUUCGAGAAAGCUCGCAAGCGCUCUACAUCCUCUUGUUUCUCAUGUCGAUUACGAUGCUCGUCUUUUCAAGUGCCCUUUUCUACGCCGAGACGGUCACCGACGCGGGUUGCAUUCCCGCCAUGCACAGCUUCAUGUGCUCGCCGCUCCGAGUGCCCGCGCCACCCUCGCCGUGCUGUCUUCCGUCCCCGUUCUAUAGUGUGGGGAGCGCACUCUGGUGGUGCAUGACCACGAUGACCACUGUCGGGUUUGGCGACGACGUACCUGCGACGCCGCCUGGACGCGCGAUUGCCUCCGUGUCGCUUCUCGCCGGCAUCCUCGUCCUGUCGCUGCCGACGAGCGUCAUUGGCAGCAACUUUCAGCGCCUCUUUCGCGCGGCCCAAAGCCAAGCCAGCGAAGAGCGCUGGAUCGUGCAGCGCACGCAGCGGGAGCGCCCGCAGACUCAACUGGAGCGCAUGCGGUCGGAUCUCAUGGAUUUCGGCUGGAGCCGUCCGGGACGCCACGCCAUGGAGUACAGAGACUUGCUCUCGAUAUACGACGCGGACGGGAAGGACCACUUGUCCAGCAGUGAAAUGGACACAUUUCGACACGACUUAGAGCUUCUCGAAGAAAUCCACUUGGUCGAGCAUACACAUCGAAUGACGACGCGUCGAUCGGACAAAAAAGGGGACCGGACGCCACGCUUGGAUGCGCGCCGCGAUCAAUAUCUGGCGACGGCCGAUGAGACUAUUCAGUAUCGGUUGCUCGAGUCCGAAGCGGUUCUCGAAGGCAAGCUUCGGCACAUCGUUCAGCGCAUAGCCGCACUCGAUCAGAAGCUGCGCCUUCUCAAUGAAGACAAUGACUAAGUUCGGUUGGCCAAUAAUGGGCUUAAGAGCAUCUCCACCGGUUCCCGGUAUCCUAACAUGGCUCUGACUUUUUGCCGGGUGAUGUCGCCCUGUAUGAUGUAUACUGACA